AAUGUCACGGUCGGAGAAGGAGCUCUUGUAGAGGUCCUUAAAUUCUUUGCUAUUGGCGCUUUCUCUAGAGGAUGAUAACUGAUGAGUCUCUUCCAAUGGCGGCUCCUCUCAAUAUAGCGGCGGCGCUUAUAUUCAUCUUCGCCACUCUGUUCGCUUUUCUCAUUGACCGAUGGAGGCGUCGCCGCCACGACCCCUCCGCCGAAUCCCCGUCGUUGGAGCUGAAAACCGCUGGCGAGAUGCCUCUGCUUCGGCCCCCGCUCUCCUCUGUAGGCGGAGAAGAGGGAGAGAAACAGAGGGUGGAGGAUGGGAGGAGGAAGAAGAGAGGCAGGAAGAAGCGAACGGAGACUAGACUGGAAGGCGGCGAGGAUGCCGUCGUGUGCCGCACGAGUGAGUUAGGGGGAAGGGAUUCCCCCUAUCCGUUUUCCUCAUACUCGAGCGCGACUCAGAGGAAGAUUAAGAUGAAGUACGAUGAGCUUGUGAAGUCCAACCAGGAGAAGGAAUUGACCAUGGCUCAGGUAGGACAGUGCGUGAACUGCCUUGUAGAUGCAAGAAAUGAACUACAACACAAGUUUGAGAUCAUCCAACGAAGUCUUAAGAUUAAAAAGGCAUUACUGUUCAAGGCGGACAAAUCAUCUUUUGAUAGACUUUGCCAGCAGGUAUACAAGUUAGAAGCAGAACACAGGAGGUUAGUGGAGGAUGCAGCUGUGUAUAAUCUCCUCCAGGAGCAGAUUAGGCUAUCGCCAGCAUACAAGACGAUACUAGAGGUUGGUGCUAGCAUGGAGCCCAAGGACCCCGUGGAAGAAGCAACCGAGUUUUCUGAUACAUCGUUUGAGGAGUUAUUAGCUCGCGAGAAAAAAGAUUCAUUUUGGCAUAAAAAUGGCAAGCUUAGAGCAGCUACAAAUUAGAAAUAUUGAAGGUCUCCAACUUAGUCAUUUGUUGAUCUAAAUUUUAAUAGUUUGAUGAGUUUUGAGUUUCUUUUGAUCAUUGACCAUCUCAGGGUGCUGAUUGUAGAUUUUUAGAUAAGCAAAAAAUUGUUGAGGAAGCUGAAACUCUAAUUUCUAGAACCUUGAUCUUACAUGGAAUAUAAAUGGAUCUAUCGUUGGUUGCAGUAAUUCAUCUC